UGAAUCCGACUUGAUCAGCCGUUAGUUGUGGUGAGUUUUGGAGCGUCCAACUCGUGUGCGCUUUCCCUACAUGCUUCUACUUUUAAUUUUCAUCGAAAACUAGUUGGAAAAGAUGGAUUUGGAUUCCAUGAAAUACGCGGAACUGCGCAGCCUGGCAAAACAGUUUGGUCUCAAGGCUAAUUUGAAGGCUGACAAGUUACUGAAAGCCCUCAAGCAGCAUUUUGAUCAACAGCAGAACACACAGGAGGAAAAGAAAGAGGAAUUUGAGGUUGAGAUUUGUCACGCGCCCCCGGUGUUUGUGAACACACGUCGUGGGAGAGCAAAAAACAAAAGAGCCGAUGUGGAGAACGAGUUUUCUACUGAGGACGAAGCCAAGUUGGACGAGGAGUCCGGUGAGGCGGUCUCAGCUGGUCCGCCCCAGCAUGACAACAAGAGGAGACGAGUGUCUUCCCCCUCCAAGAUGGAGACUGCAGGCAAGCAAGUUGUUGUGGUGCUGGAAGACGUUCAACUGCCGAGUGCCACCAAGAAUGAAGUUCCACGUCCCAAGGCUGGUAAGAUCCCCCGUUUAAUAGGCGACCUGGCGAAGAGGAAGCCCUUGAAACCAGUCACUCCCAAUUUCAAAAAGCUCCACGAGGCCCAAUUCAACAAGCUGGAGUCCAUCGACGAGUACAUGCAGAGGAAGAACAGGAAGACGGAGCCGAUCCAAAAGCCUGUGAAAGAGCUGAAGGCGGUGAAGCCGAGGCGGUCGUCCAAGUUCACCCCCGCGGCCAACAGCAGCAGCAGCAAGAAGACGACUGAGGACAAACGCAGAACGGCUCUUCUUUCUGCCAGCAAAGAUCCUGCAAAGAAGCUCGCCGGGAAGAAAGACGCGGCGUUCAAGCCGUCAGUCCUUUCCACGCGGAGAAUCAACGUGAGGUUCACGGAGGCCACGCCCGACAACGAGUACAAGAUGUCACUGCUGAAAACGCCGUCCCGCAUGUCCUUCAACGUGGUGGCCAGCACCCCGAAUGAGGGCAGGAAGUCCAAAUGUGUCAGGGCUUCCACGUUCUCCGUCACCAAGACUCCAGCAACAUUUGUCUUCACGGGCAACACAAGCAGCUUAACACCAGCGACGCAGAAGAAGGGGACUUUUGACCUGAAGGCCAGCCUGUCUCGUCCGCUCGCCUACAAGCCUCACACAGGCAAGCUCAAGCCGUUCGGUGACGUGAGCGACGUCAAGACCGCAGACAAAUCCCUCAUCUCCAACUCCCGUCAGCAGAACUACAAGCAGCACAAAGUCCAGACCAGAAGGGACGAGAGGCAAGUGAAACAAGCAGAAGAUCGCAAGCAGAAGAAGUCGGCCAUGCUGUGUGCUCGAAGAGGCCUUGUGAUGACGUAAAUGUUUUUCCAAGCCGUCUUUUUGUAAAUAUUUUCACGUCCACGCUAUGACUCGAUCUCGCCAGGUAGCAGCCGCUUGUUCGCAUUUUAGCUUCUGUGCUUUUUAGUGAUUUGGUGGCGAAUUGGAAACUGUUUAGUUUGAACUUGCUUUUGGGAAGGUAAAAAAUAUAUUGUCUAAAUAUUGCUUUUUUUUCCAAAAUAAAAAGUCUGGAUUUUACACAA